CAUGAAGGAUCCCGUUAUCUCAGGAACAAGAUCUCUGAUUCAUUUGAUUCUGGUAGGUAUUGUAUGUAUAUAGUAGUAGUACUUAUCAGCGCUGGCGCUUAUGUGCAGAAAAUAUCAUUCCUAUUCCGCUUUCUUCUCUUCUUUCAUUGGGUGUGAUAAUUCCACGGCGAUAGUCGUGGAGAUCCCAAAGCUGGGUAGGCAGACAAGUAGGCAGGCAGGCAGGCAGACAUCACACCCUCAACUGGAGGUGGGUGACUGUCUCCUUCCAUUCUGCAGCCAAUCCCUCGUUUCUCGGGCACUCUUUCCGUGCUUAUACGAAGACGGGUUGUAGCUUUGAUGGUGAUUUGCUCAACAAGCAGCGC